AUGCUCGGCCUCAGAUCCUCCUUGAAAACCUCUCUGAGAGGCAUGAACCUGCAAUCCAGAUUUGUCUCUUCUUCCGCGGUGGCAGCCAAAUCUACAUACAGAACGCCAGACUUCGGUGACUAUUUGAAGGAAAACAACAAUGCGGACAAGAGCCGUACUUACGCGUACUUUAUGGUUGGCUCUUUAGGUCUUCUUUCGUCUGCUGGUGCCAAGUCGACCGUGGAAACUUUCAUCUCAUCUAUGACGGCGUCUGCAGAUGUGCUGGCCAUGGCCAAGGUGGAAGUGGACCUUGCGGCUAUUCCCGAGGGUAAGAACGUUGUCGUCAAGUGGCAAGGUAAACCAGUGUUCAUUAGGCACAGAACACAAGCAGAAAUCAAUGAGGCGAACUCCGUAGACCUUUCGCAACUCAAGGACCCUCAAACGGAUGCCGACAGAGUCAAGAAGCCGGAAUGGUUGGUUAUGUUGGGUAUUUGCACCCAUUUGGGUUGUGUUCCUAUCGGUGAAUCCGGUGAUUUCGGGGGCUGGUUCUGUCCUUGUCACGGUUCCCACUACGACAUCUCUGGUAGAAUUAGAAGAGGUCCCGCUCCUCUAAACUUGGAAAUUCCUCAAUACGAGUUCGACGACCAAAAAUUGAUUGUCGGUUAG